AUGACUCAAUCUUUUGGAAAUCUGCCAGCUGGUGUAUUAAAGACACCGGAAAGUUACACAUUGAGCAUUCCCAAUCAGGAUGUCGACGACUUCAAAAAGUUAAUAGAACUGUCUAAAAUCGGCCCUGAAACAUUUUACAACAAACAGGAAGACCGCCGAUUCGGAGUCACUCGAAAAUGGCUUACGGACGCCAAAGCAACCUGGCUCAAGUACGACUGGAAAAAGCAUGAGGAUCGCAUCAAUUCCUUCCCGAAUUUCAAGGCCCAUGUUGACCACAAGGAAAUUGGAACCACGGAGGUUCAUUUCACCGCACUCUUCUCGGCUAAGAAAGAUGCAACUCCGGUAAUUUUCAUGCACGGAUGGCCGGGAUCUUUCCUCGAGUUCUUGCCUAUGCUCGACUUACUGCGCAACAAAUACAACCCAAGCACCCUGCCGUACCAUGUUAUUGUCCCGUCAUUGCCUGGGUACGGACUGUCCGCGUCAUCAGUCCCUCUGGACCAGGAACUCACUCUAGAACACGUUGCGGGCAUCAUGAACCAGUUGAUGCUCGAUCUCGGGUUCGGGGGAGGCUAUGCGGCCCAGGGAGGGGAUGUUGGUAGUUUCCUCGCGAGAUUCAUAUCUGUCAGCUAUAAGGAAUGCAAGGCAAUUCAUUUAAACAUGCUGUAUCCUGAUUCUGAUGAUGCUGGUAGCAUAGAUUCUGUUUCUCCCCAAGAGCAACAGUAUUUGCAGCACAUGCAGCAAUGGCGUACAACAGGAAUGUCUUACGCCUUAGAACAUGGUCUGAGGCCUGCAACCAUUGGGCUGGUACUCUCUGCAAGCCCCAUCUCCCUGUUGGCAUGGAUCGGAGAAAAAUAUUUAGAAUGGGCCGACGACCGCCACCCUCUGAAGCUGGAAACUAUUCUGGAUCUAGUGAGCCUUUACUGGCUUACCUCUACGUUUCCAAGAAGUCUUUACCCGUAUCGGCCCUUGGCACAGGCUAUUACCUCGGGAGGGCAAAUUCCGGUCCCUACAUCCAAAGAGAUCCCGCUAGGCUACUCAUUCUUUCCAGGUGAGGUGAGCUUCAUGCCGAAAGCAUGGGCGGAGAAAGCUUAUCCGAAUCUCAAAUUCUACCGGACACACGAUAAGGGCGGUCACUUCGCUGCUCUUGAACAACCUGAAAUCUUUCUGCAAGACGUUGAAGAUUUCUUAAAGACCGUGAAGACCACUUCAAAGAUUUAA